AUGGCGGGUGUCGGCCGGGUCAAGUUCUUGGCUAUAGCCAUGGUCUUCCACUUGAUUUACAUAUACUCCAUCUUCGACAUCUACUUCGUCAGCCCCAUCGUUAGUGGGAUGCGCCUCUUCCAGCCGGAUAGGCCUGCGGGAGUGAAGGCGCCCGCGGAUCGCCUCGUUCUGUUCGUCGGUGACGGACUACGCGCCGACAAGUCUUUCCAGACUUUCCCUGAACCGUACCCGAAGACCGACGAAGACCUGACGCCACGCCAUCUUGCGCCCUACUUGCGCUCUCGUGUACUCGAACAUGGCACUUUCGGCGUGUCCCACACCAGGGUGCCUACCGAGUCUCGCCCCGGCCAUGUUGCGCUGAUAGCAGGGCUAUACGAGGACGUUUCGGCUGUCGCGACAGGCUGGAAAUUGAACCCUGUCAAUUUCGACAGUGUUUUCAACAGAAGUAGACAUACCUGGAGCUGGGGCAGCCCUGAUAUUCUUCCCAUGUUCGAGCAUGGUGCAACUCCGGGUACGAUCGACGCAUACUGUUACGAUGCCGACUUUGAAGACUUCUCCCUAGAUGCCUUCCAUCUGGAUCUCUGGGUCUUUGACCAUGUGAAAGAAAUGUUUGCUGCCGCCGAGAACAAUAAGACAUUGAACGACGCUCUGAGACAGGAUAAGAUUGUGUUCUUCCUCCAUCUACUUGGACUCGACACUGCUGGGCAUGGAUUCCGACCAUAUUCGAAAGAGUACUUGAAUAACAUCAAAGUCGUUGACGAUGGGGUCAGAGAGAUUACCGAUUUGAUACAGAAAUUCUAUGCCGAUGACAGGACAGCUUUUGUUUUCACUGCGGAUCAUGGCAUGAGUGACUGGGGAAGCCAUGGAGAUGGGCAUCCAGACAAUACGAGGACACCGCUAAUAGCCUGGGGUUCUGGGGUUGCGAAACCCGUAGUGCACCCAGACGCGGUAGCGCCCGGCCACGACCAUUACUCUUCGGAUUGGGAUCUCGACCAAGUUCAAAGACACGAUGUGCAACAAGCCGAUGUCGCCGCACUCAUGGCUUACUUGUUGGGUGUCGAAUUUCCAGCCAAUUCCGUUGGCGAACUUCCGCUAUCAUAUCUGUCCGCGGAUAUCAAAGAAAAAGCCAAGGCAUCUAUGCUAAAUGCCCAAGAGAUACUGGAGAUGUAUCGGGUAAAGGAAAUAAGUAAGAAGAAAGGAGAACUGAGAUAUCAGCCUUACAAACCACUGAGCGAAAACAACGGCGUCCUCGCGGAGAACCGACUUUCUUCAAUCAAGGAUCUGAUCGACAGUGGGAAUUUUGAGGAGGCCAUUGAAGAAUCUGCGGCGCUCAUGAGGAUCGGUUUAGAGGGGAUGCGCUACCUUCAGACCUACGACUGGCUCUUCUUAAGGGCUCUCAUCACGAUCGGGUAUCUCGGGUGGAUUGCCUUUGCUCUUACAACCGUGAUUGACCUGCACGUUGUACAAGGCACAGCACAGCCAUCCCGAUCGAUACCCGGUGUCGUUUUCUUUUCCUCUGCUCUUGCCGUACUAUAUGCAUCUUUCAUCAUAUCUCACUCUCCCCUUACCUAUUACGCCUAUGCAUUCUUCCCAGUCGUCUUCUGGGAGGAGGUGUUUGCUCGCAGAGAGAGCUUAAUCAAAGGAAGGCAGGUGUUGUUCGGACACAUUAAAACAGGGACCAAUAUCUUGUCGCUUGGUCUAAGUGUCAUUAUAUAUGUUGGCAUCAUCAACUCACUGGCACUUGGAUAUAUCUAUCGCGAGAUCCUGACUGUCUUGUUCAUCAUUGGGGCAUUCUUCCCGUUGGCACUCGGCACAUCUUUCCUUCAGAAGCAUGUUGUCCUUGCGGCCACUUGGCUUGCGUCGUGUUUCAUGAUGAGUACUUUCACCUUAUUACCAGCCAACAAGGUUGAGAACAUACCAUUGAUUAUGCUCGGCGGUACGCUCAUGGUGACUGUCAGCCUCCUUUACCUUAUCUUUGAGGAGAAACUACUCACCGACUUCUCCGGCUCAACAAAACCACGUCCACCUCGGAAAAACAACCAGAUUUCGAGGGCGUUGAUUGGCGUCCAAAUCGGGCUUAUCAUUCUUGCGAUGCUUGUUACACGCUCCAGCGCGUUGUCGUUGCAAGCAAAACUUGGCCUACCACGCGGUAACCAGGUUGUUGGAUGGCUAGUCAUGGUUGUGUCAUUACUGAUGCCGCUCGCCCAUCGAUUUCAACCGAACAACCACUAUCUCCAGAGGCUUCUGGUGAUCUUCUUGACCUUCGCGCCAACUUUCGUCAUUCUCACUAUAUCUUACGAAGGUCUCUUCUACUUGACUUUCUGUCUAACACUCGUCACAUGGGUCCGACUGGAGCACCACGGGUACGUGUACUCACAGGAGGCUGCGGAGAAGCCUAAUCAACCGGACUCCAUUGCGGAGACAGCUGUCGAGGUGGUGACCUCGCAGUUUCGCCCGCUGGGUCUCUCAGACGCGCGCGUGGCCCUGUUCUUCUUCGUGCUCCUCCAAUCCGCGUUCUUCAGCACGGGCAACAUCGCGUCGAUCUCGGCAUUCAGCCUGGAGAGCGUGAUGCGGCUCAUGCCGAUCUUCGACCCCUUCUCGCAGGGCGCGCUCCUGCUAAUAAAACUGAUGAUCCCGUUUGCGCUCAUCUCGGCCAACCUGGGGAUCCUGAACCGGCGCAUCGGCGUGGCGCCGUCGGCGCUGUUCAUGGUGGCCAUGGCCAUGAGCGACAUCCUGACGCUGUACUUCUUCUGGGUCGUCAAGGACGAGGGGUCGUGGCUGGAGAUAGGAUCGACCAUCACGCACUUCGCCAUCGCCAGCAUGCUGUGCGUCUUCGUGGCGGCGCUGGAGGGCGUGAGUGGUUUGUUUAUUGGUGGUGUGGAGGUGGACGGCUCUCCUGAGAAGACGGCCAAGGGCAAGGCUGAGGUUGAGGGGGGCCGGAAGACGAAUGGAGCGGCGCCGUUGGAGGCUCCGGCUGGGGAGGUUAAUGGUGAGACGAAGAGGGAGGAGCCGGUGCCUGAUAUUGGCGGGCAGUAG